AUUUCUAUGUUACACACCGUAACGAGGCUUUUAUUUAAGUGUUGUUAUAGACGCCGGACACUGCAGACGUUUAUCGAUCUACAGCACGAUUAUCAGGAGAAUAGCAGUAACAAUAUGUGGCAGGGAAUCAACUUAUCAGCGAUUCACCUUGUUGUGGUUUCUGCGUUUGUCAUCAUACCAGAUCAAACACUUGGAUAUAGCAUUUCGCUGAACAGGAAUGCAGUAGAAUCACAGUCUUUAGAAAUGCAUCUCAACAUUGGAACAAUCAGUACCAUGGUAGCUUUGUCUAGACCAGAUGGAUCAACAGCUGGGACCUGUUUAGCACCAUUAGGAGGAAUCAGUGGGGGAUGUAAUCCAGGUUUAACACAGGAUCUAACAACUGGAAUAACGACAUACAGUAUAACAUCUGUAUCACGCGCCACAGAUCAAGGUGUUUGGACAAGUACACAUGGGAGUGAUACUGGAAGUAUUAACAUUACAGUUUAUACGAUUCCUACAGUAACUGUAAGUCAGUCAGUAUCGUCUUUGCCGCUGUCACCCGGUACCAUUAAUACCCAAAGUUUGACCAUCACAGUGACGUGUGCAUAUCCAUCAGUCUCACUCGGCUUAUCUUUUGUGCCAACUGGAGGAGGUACUGCAGUAGAUGCCCCAUCAUCAACAUCAACUUGUACCUCUACUGGUAGCACAGGGUGUUCUGACACAGAUGCCAACAGUUACACUUGUGAUAUUACACCAAGAUAUGAGACAACUCUGUCAGCUGAUACUAGAUACUAUGUACAAGUAGAGGUCAAUCUUGACGGACAAAUCCACACUAUAGGACUGUCCUCCACCAUCAAUGAUACAGAGAUAAGAGUGCAAGAUCACACGCUAGGCUAUAUCACAACGCUGAACGGGAAUGCAGUAUCAUCUCAGCCUUUAGAGACACAACUGAUUAUUGGAACAAUAAAUACAGUAGUUGGUUUGUAUAGACCAGAUGGAUCAUCAGUUGGAACCUGUUCAGCACCAUUAGGAGGUUUCCUUGGAACAUGCGGUUUAGGCUUAACACAGGAUUUGACAACUGGAAUAACUGAGUACAGUAUAGCAUCUGUAUCACGCGCCACAGAUCAAGGUGUUUGGACAGGUGACCAUUGA